GUGACAUCACUCUAUUUGUCUCGGUGCUGAAAGCCUGCUAGCUCAGUUGAGGAUUGUGCCCGGCAGAGAAGAGACAUGCCGCGGAUUGCGCCUUAGGAAAUAACGACAGCGAGGGAUUUAUUUACUUGCACAGACUUGACUAAAAGAAGGAACCUUUUUGUUGCAUUUGUUCCAACAGAAAACAUUUACAAGACGGGUAAGCCACGUUAAAAGGACAGAUCGGAGAAGCUUUUGUGCUGCUCGCCCUCUCUAAUGUGCAGUAACGAUGAGCCCAGCAUUCGGAGCCAUGGAAGCGGAGCACUACGGAAAGGGAGUCCUGCUCGAGCCUUUUUUACACCAGGUCGGAGGGCACUCUUGUGUCCUUCGCUUCAACGACAAGACCAUCUGUAAGCCCCUCAUUCAAAGGGAGCACCUGUUCUAUGAAACACUCCCUGCCGAAAUCAGAAAAUUCACACCACAGUACAAAGGUGUAGUGUCGGUCAGCUUCGAGGAGAACGAAGAUGGCAAUUUAUGCCUAAUAGCUUAUCCCUUAAACCGGGACCAAGACAACCUAGAAAACGUCGACUAUUCAGACUGCAGCGAGCCAAAAAGUAAAGUGCUCAGGUGGACUAACAAGAAGGCCCUCAUGCUGGAGAACGACAAUCUCACCAAGGAAAGAGUUCGACAGCAUCGGAAGGAGGAGAAAAUCAAGAGCCACAUGCUAGAAGAAGAGUUUGAAUGGUUGAAGAAAUCUGAAGUCUUGUAUUAUAGUGUGGAGAAGAAAGGGAAUGUCGGUUCGCAAUUUAAGCACAAUCCCUGGAGUAUGAAAUGCCACCAGCAACAGCUCCAACGCAUGAAGGAAAACGCUAAACACAGGAACCAAUACAAAUUUAUCCUAUUGGAAAACCUGACGUGUCGGUAUCAAGUGCCAUGCGUCCUCGACCUGAAGAUGGGCACACGGCAGCAUGGAGACGACGCAUCGGAGGAGAAGAAAGCUAACCAGAUCCAGAAGUGUCAGCAAAGCACGUCUGCAAUAAUUGGGGUCCGUGUUUGCGGGAUGCAGGUCUACCAAGCUGGCACGGGGCAACUAAUGUUCAUGAACAAAUACCACGGCAGGAAGCUUUCGGUUCAGGGUUUUAAAGAAGCACUUUACCAGUUCUUUCACAACGGCAAAACCCUACGCCGGGAACUGAUCGACCCUGUCCUCAAAAAACUGACCGAACUCAAAAUGGUUUUAGAAAAACAGGAGUCUUACCGGUUCUAUUCCAGCUCUCUGCUCAUCAUCUACGACGGGAAGGAGUUCCAGGAAGUCCCCAUGGACUCGGACCCCGAAGACCUGGAGGACCUGUCUGAGGAAUCUUCGGACGAAUCGGCAGGGGCCUACGCCUACCAGCCUUCUAGUAAUAAACACGGCGCCAGCACUGCGGACGUGCGGAUGAUAGACUUCGCACACACCACGUGCAAGUUUUACAGGGAAGACAGCGUGGUCCACGAGGGCCAGGACACGGGCUACAUUUUCGGACUCCAAAAUUUAAUAGCAAUUAUUAAAGAAAUAAGAGAUGAAAAUGGGGAAUAAAAAACGAACUCAGCACAGGAAUUACGUUUCGUACGAAGCACUAUAACGGACUGCGUUUAUUCCAAACCGACGGCCACUAUGUGGUGGUCGAAACCGAGACAGGGUUCCGUGGGUGUGACCCGUGGGAAGACUUGUCCAAAAACAAA